GCCACCACGUGCUCAGACGCAAGGAGCUGCCCGCCUGCUGGGCCGAGCGCGGGCGGAGCUCCAGUCCGCGGUGCCCGCUGUAGCUCAGCGGCUGCAAGCAUGGCCACCGCGGCGGCGGCGAUGGCCCACGGGGCCCGGGCGAGGACGGCAGCGGCCGCCCUGCGGAGCGUCUGCAGGACCGCGGCCCGGGGGCGGCCGCGCGCGGGCCAGGCGCGGGCCCUGUGCACGGCGCCUGGAACCGCCCGCGACCAGAAGCGCUACCUGUGGGAGCGCUACCAGGAGGCGAAGAGGAGCUCGGAGGAAUUGGUGCCUUCAAUCAUGAGCAAUUUGCUGAAUCCGGAUGCCAUUUUCUCAAACAAUGAGAUGAGCCUGGCGGACAUCGAGAUCUACGGCUUUGAUUAUGACUACACCUUGGUGUUUUACUCAAAGCACCUCCACACACUGAUAUUCAACGCUGCUCGGGACCUUCUCAUCAAUGAACACCGGUACCCCGCGGAAAUCAGGAAGUAUGAAUACGACCCAAAUUUUGCAAUCCGUGGACUUCAUUACGAUGUGCAGCGGGCCGUGCUGAUGAAGAUCGAUGCUUUUCAUUACAUCCAGCUGGGGACCGUCUACAGAGGCCUCAGUGUGGUCCCCGAUGAAGAAGUCAUUGAGAUGUACGAGGGCUGCCACGUACCUCUGGAGCAGAUGAGCGACUUUUACGGCAAGAGCUCCGAAGGGAACACCAUGAAGCAGUUCAUGGACAUCUUCUCGCUGCCCGAGAUGGGCCUGCUGUCCUGCGUGAACGAGUACUUCCUGAAGAACAACAUCGACUAUGAGCCGGUCCACCUGUACAAAGACGUCAAGGAUGCAAUCCGAGACGUGCACAUCAAAGGAAUCAUGUACCGAGCCAUCGAAGCCGACAUCGACAAGUACAUCUGCUAUGCCGAGCAGACCCGCGCGGUGCUGGCCAAGCUGGCUGAUCACGGCAAGAAGAUGUUCCUCAUCACCAACAGCCCCAGCAGCUUUGUGGACAAAGGGAUGAGCUAUAUCGUCGGGAAGGACUGGCGGGACCUGUUUGACGUGGUCAUCGUCCAGGCCGAGAAGCCGAGCUUCUUCAACGACAGGCGGAGACCUUUCCGGAAGGUGAAUGAGAAAGGUGUCUUACUCUGGGAUAAAAUCUACAAGUUGCAGAAGGGCCAGAUUUACAAGCAGGGCAAUCUGUAUGAAUUUUUGAAGCUUACUGGAUGGAGAGGAUCCAAAGUGUUGUACUUUGGUGACCAUAUAUACAGUGACCUGGCGGACUUGACCCUGAAGCAUGGCUGGCGGACUGGCGCCAUCAUCCCGGAAUUACGGUCCGAGCUCAGAAUCAUGAACACGGAGCAGUACAUCCAGACCAUGACCUGGCUGCAGACACUGACUGGGCUACUGGAGCGAAUGCAGGUGCACAGGGAUGCGGAGUCCCAGCUGGUUCUGGAGGAGUGGAAAAGGGAGAGGAAGGAGAUGAGAGAAAUGAACAAGAGCUUCUUCAACGCCCACUUCGGGAGCCUGUUCCGCACAGACCAGAACCCCACCUACUUCCUGCGGCGCCUGUCGCGGUUUGCCGACAUCUACAUGGCGUCCCUGAGCUGCCUGCUCACCUACGACGUCAGCCACACCUUCUACCCCAGGAGGACUCCGCUGCAGCACGAGCUCCCCGCCUGGUCGGCCGGCCCCCCCCCCCUGCAGGCUGCCCCUCCUGCAGGCGGCCCAGGCCAAGUGACCGCGCCCGCCCGCCCGCCCGCCCGCGGACAAGGCCGGCAGCCCGGCCCGGCCCCGGGGGACACCGGGGGGCUGGCCUCGCGUGCCUACGAGCGUUGCUUUCAGAAAAGACACGGAAUCGCCUCUUGGUAUUUACUUCGGACCUUCCGGAGGCUGCUCCCCGGGUGGCUGACCAGCGUGUCACCCCGGGCUAAAGUGACAGGCUUCACGGGGAAACGGUGAUCGGCCCUCUCGUUGACCCAGGUGCUGUCACUGGUGUCGGUUUUCCUGGGGAGACUUCCGAUGCCAUCUCCGUAUUCCAGCAGGAGAAACUCCGGCCUCUUCCCUGGAAAACAGGGAGUGUUCCCAGGGUGCAUCGGGAUUGAAGGGUGUGUGGUGUGCAGCGACACUGCUCCCCGAAAGCAGAUGGUGUAGUGGGCUCUGUAGCAGCAUAUGUGGCAGAGGGGACCCCCCAACAGCGGGGUCCCCCAGCCCUUUGGUCCCAGGGCUUCGGCGUUCCGGUGCAUCCGUUGGAAAAAAAAAAGAGAAAGAACAAGGGGAGAUGCAAGUCCUUCGCCCUGGAUUGUCCUCCGUCUCCGCUUCCUGUGCGCCAGCCCGUCCUGGGGAAGGACAGAGGCCACGGGUGAUGGGGGUCGCUCGUUUCCUCGAAGGAGAGAAAGGCGCCUGGUCACACGUCCAGCCGGCAGAACAGCCUGGGACGAGGCUGUGAGCAACAAGCGCCCAGAGCCAACGCUUGGGGAUGGGCCCCCUGAAAACGACCCCUGAGUGUUGGCUGGACGUGCUCACUGGAGGACAGAAAAACAGAACA